AUCACGUUGAACUAAACUUGAAGCGAUUUUGUUUGAAACUGCUGAGGCGGUGGUGUCCAUUCCUAUUUUCUGUCCGCCAGUUGUGGCCCUUCGAGAGUUCUGCCUUUGCCAGCUGAGGUUGUAGAAUUGCGUUUCGGGCCUGACUUUGCUCCACGGGCUGUAUUGAGGUGAAGCCUUUGUUCUCACUUUGGUCAUGGCCUCCAAUGGAGAAGAGGCAUCGGACAAGAAUGUUGAACGGUGGAAGAUCAAGAAAUUGAUCAAGAGCUUGGAAGCAGCACGAGGAAAUGGCACCAGCAUGAUUUCUUUGAUCGUGCCACCCAAGGAUCAGAUCUCUCGUGUUGCCAAGAUGUUGGCUGACGAGUACGGUACUGCUUCGAACAUCAAGAGUCGUGUCAAUCGAUUGUCUGUACUGGGUGCUAUCACAUCCGUACAGCAGAGACUCAAGCUGUACUCAAAAGUUCCAACGAAUGGCUUAGUGGUGUACUGCGGAACUAUUGUCACCGAUGAAGGCAAAGAGAAGAAGGUCAACAUCGACUUCGAACCUUUCAAGCCCAUCAACACUUCACUCUACUUGUGCGACAACAAAUUCCAUACAGAGGCACUUAACGCCCUGCUUGCUGAUGACAACAAGUUUGGCUUCAUCGUAAUGGACGGUAACGGCUCGCUUUUCGGUAUUCUGUGUGGAAACUCCCGUGAAGUACUACACAAGUUCACUGUUGACUUGCCCAAGAAGCACGGCCGUGGUGGUCAGUCUGCUCUUCGUUUUGCUCGAUUGCGUAUGGAGAAACGUCACAACUAUGUACGAAAGGUCGCUGAGACAGCUGUGCAGCUAUUCAUCUCCAACGACAAGGUCAAUGUAACCGGGCUAAUCUUGGCUGGUUCAGCCGACUUCAAGACAGAGCUUAGUCAGUCAGACAUGUUUGACCCACGUCUGCAAGCCAAGAUACUCAAGCUUGUUGACGUAUCCUAUGGUGGCGAGAACGGAUUCAACCAGGCCAUUGAGCUGUCAGCUGAAGUGCUGAGCAAUGUCAAGUUCAUUCAGGAGAAGAAACUCAUCGGCCGUUACUUUGAUGAAAUCUCGCAAGACACUGGAAAGUACUGCUUUGGAGUUGAUGAUACGUUGCGGGGUUUGGAGCUGGGUGCUGUAGAGACACUCAUUGUCUGGGAAAACUUGGACGUGACACGCUUCUCGCUGAUCAACCAUUCUACAGAAGAGGAGAGGAUUCUGCACUUGAGCCCUGACCAAGAAAAGGAUAAGACUCAAUUUGUGGACAAGGAGACUGGAGUUGAAUUGGAGCUGCAGGAGAAGAUGCCUUUGCUCGAGUGGCUGGCAAACAACUACAAGAAAUUUGGCACAACUUUGGAAAUCAUCACCGAUCGCUCUCAGGAAGGCUCGCAGUUUUGCAGAGGAUUUGGUGGCAUUGGAGGUAUCCUGCGUUAUCGGGUUGACUUCCAGUCAAUGGAGACCGACGAUAUUGACUUUGGCGACGACGAUUAUGACCUUUGAAGGUCCUACUACGCAGCGCUCCGCGGGUGUGAGGUUGGUGUUUUCGUUCGCGGAGAGCAAGCUGGCUCGCGUUUCAGCUGGUGGCACACCGCUGUGUGCCAAAAUGCUAUGCCGGCAAGCGUGCAAGCAUACCUGUAUCUAAUACAGCAGCACAUCUUCUUACCUUGCGGCUCUCCGCCGUUAUCAUUUGUGCCACGACUCGUGGUACCACUCUGGACUAGCUCCGCUGCUGCUGAUGCUGUGCCGGCGCUCGUCGCGGCUUUUUAAGUAAGUUGUGCGUUGCAGAACGUCCACGAGGUCCCCACGACCAAAGCGGGCGUGCACUCUAAAGUCUAUUCUCAGUACGUUCUUGUUUUGGUUUUGGUUUUCUUCGGAGGGCAUGGAAUGCCAGGCAGUUCAUAUGGAAUGCCAGGCAGUUCAUAGUUUCGUACUGUGCUAGUCUUCCUUCGUUCAGUCCUUUUCCGUCUGUCUGUUUCUUUCUUUCUUUUUACUGAUGUGGACUGUCAUGCUAUGUUUGCGCUGCCAAAGAGGAAUGCCCUAACAUGUUGUCUUCUUUCUCUUGCACACGUUGCUGUAAGGAUGUCUGCCAUCCCUGUUCCAGACCCGUUGUUCGGGUGACAGUAAAGUGUUGUGCCCAUCAGUUUUCGAAUGCGUAUCUUCUGACAACA